ACAAAAAAAAUGUAUGUGUUCAUUUGUACUGCCGAGGGAUGGGUUCAAAAUUCCUUGUGCUCUAGAUGGGACACAACGAUACUUUAAAUUGUUAGAUAAAGUAAUUUAUUUUUACUGUUAGCCCUACAGAUUCCAGAUGAAUGGUAUUAUGUUGGUGGUUAAUAUACAUAUUUUAUUUAAAAUUUAAACAAAAUGCCAUUAAGCGACAAAUAUCCGCAUUGGGUGGGGUUGAUCUAUGUUUUCAAUUUAAUCGUUGGUACAGGUGCACUAACACUUCCAGCUGCUUUUGCUAGUGCUGGAUGGCUAUUUAGUACCUUUAUGCUGAUGCUGUUGUGUUUUGUGAGUUUUAUUAAUGUUACUUUUGUAAUAGAAAGUAUGGCAUGUGCUAAUGCCACAAUUGAAUGGAGGAGGAUCCAGUCACAUAAAAUUGAUGAAAGUGAAGUGUCGCAUAGUACCGACUCGGAACGGGAGACGACGAGCACGGAAGAGACGGCCAUUUUGUCAACACAAAGGACGAAACGUUACUACAGUUUGAACCGAAAAGUCGAACUGGGUGAAAUGGCCGCCCUUUAUCUCUCCAAAACUGGACACGUAUUUUUUUUCGUCUCUUUGUGCGUCUAUCUUUUCGGCGACUUGACGAUCUACGCCGCGGCGUCAGGCAAAACCCUGGUCAAUUUAAGCUGCAGGUCUUCCAAUAAUUCCGAGAAUUUUACAGAGUACUGUUGGGACGAUACCGGUGUCACAAAAAUGGAUAUAUACAGAAUGUAUGUGACAGUAUUUGGUUUGCUCAUAGGCCCCUUCACCUAUUUCAACGUACAAAAGACUAAAUACUUGCAAAUGUUUACAGUCAGCGUGCGAUGGAUCGCUUUUACCAUCAUGCUGACUCUCGCCUGCGUACGACUGCUGAAAUACGGCCAGCAAGGUCAUCCGGGACUAAUUAAUUUGGUGGAAGUGCCCGCCUUGGCCGGAUCUAGUGUCUACAGUUUUAUGUGCCACCACUCACUACCCGGUCUAAUUGCCCCGUUUUCGAGCAAAAACCGUAUAAUGCUAAAAAUAAGUUACGAUUUUUUUCUUAUCUGUGCGUUUUAUUUGUUACUCUCUCUCACCGGAUCGUUCGCUUUCGAGUCUUUGGACGUAUUGUAUUCACUGAAUUUUAUACAGACCGGCGAUUCCGGUACGGUCAUGAAAAUUGUCGGGUUCUUCCUCGCCGCUUUCCCACUGUUCCCGAUGUCGACCAGUUUUCCAAUCAUAGCGAUCACCCUCCAAGCUAAUCUGACACAUUUGUUUGUCAACUGUAUCGAGAGACGCGGGUUUUUUGUAAGGCGGUUGCUCUUCCCCACUUUGGCUGUGUUUCCCCCCAUCAUUCUAGCCCUGUCCACCCAUAACCUUAAAACUCUGAUCGAGGUGACUGGGUCUUACGCUGGCGUAAUAGUUCAGUAUAUCGUUCCGGCGGUAUUGGUGAUCAAUGCGAGAAAACGGUGCCUCAGAGAUUUUGGUUCAAUCAGCCAUCGCUAUACGAGCCCCUUUAAACACUACGCUUGGUUUUGUUUCGUUAUUUUAUGGGCUCUCUUGUGUAUUAUAUUCGUUACCGUCGAUUUUAUUAUUAAUCAUUAGUGGUUGCGCUUAAGGGUCGGUUCUUCAAUGUAAAAUAAGCUUAUUAUAUAAGCUGUAGUAAAACUUUGUGGUUAAAAAUUGAUGCUCACCAUGCCUACAGCUGGAAUUCUUAGGCGUCAUCCCUUCCCAUACGAAAAUUAUUUGUCUCCGAGUCCUCGAUGAAGUCGUUAAUAAAUCUGACCUUAACUCUGCUCUUGGUAGCGGUUAAUUUAAUUGACAAUAAACCUGUGAUUAUGCUUUAAAGCAUUUUUUUUAAAAAUAAGCACCAGUUUAACUCAAACAUUGAAGUUAUAAUCUUAAGUUUGUCAGAGAUGGGAGAACCGCCCCUAACCAACACACAACAUUAACAAGACUCGACACUCUCCAUACUCUAUGAGACACUUAUUACGUCAUCUUGAGCCUACUAAGAGCGUGAAAAGGUCGGCAAUGUUUCGAGCUCCGAUGGAGAGUAGUUAUUAUCUUGUUAAUGUUGUAUAAUAUUGUUUUAUUUAGGUAGCAAUGUGAUUUGGAGUUCACUUAAUAAGGGACAAAUUUAAUAGAAAAAAUACUGAUAAUUGUUUUUACGUUAAAAAUAGUUAAGUUAUACCCAAGCAACAAAAAAAAAGCAGACGCACAUUUUCGAUUCGCAUUUGUCGAUGAUACGCUCAUUGUGAUUUUGGAAAGUGAAUUCCAAGAAUUUUUUUUCGAACGCUGGAUUUCGGGUUCCCAAUGAGGGCUUUAAUGAGUAGAACAACCAGUGGACUAAGUACAUUUUAUUAAUUUAAUUUUUUAGUAUUAUUAUUUUUAACCAUACAGCUAUUAGAUUAUAUAGGCACGAGCAAGAAUUUUGUGUCAAUUUCUUUUAAAAAGUUACGUUACACACACACACACUUUUUUUUCCCGAAAAUUUAGUAGCUUCUGUUUGCAGUUUGAAAUGACUCGUGUCUGUGCUUAUCGAAAAUUCCUCCUAAACAUUGUCAGCAUAGGUGGGCUCUAAGUGAACCUUGUGGCUGCAUUCAAUAAAAAAUGAAAACUUUUUAUUUUGGCCAGUGCGUAGGUUUUUAUUUGUAUACAUUUUUGCGAGAUAGUGCCGUAACAAUAACAAUAAUUGUCAAUUACAACAAUAUCCGGUUUUAAAUCCGAACGAUUAAAAAACAUAAUUUAAUGUUGUCUGUGAUAAAUUACUUUUUGAUGGUAUUUUUUCAAUAAUCAUUAAAGGUUAAUAUAUUUAACUAU